AUGGCCAGAAUGUUUGGUAAAAUUGACGAUCCAAUACCUUCAAAGGAUGAUCAUCCCAUAUCUGUAAAUUUACCAACUUGGGAUUCAGCUAUCGAAUAUGCCAAGAAUCCGAGUGUCUUUGAAAAUGGAUAUCCUCGAAUGAAGCUAAACAAAUCUGUAGCUAGAUUGUGUGACAUUUUGAAUGAUAAAUAUGCUAAGGAUAAUGAGUUAUGUCUUUGUUUUCCUUCUUAUAAUGUAGCAAAGAGAUGCAGGGAAUACAUUCGCCAUGGAUCCAAUGACUCUAAUGUGAAAGUUCGUAUUUUACAGCUAGCUACUUCAAAGCCUCUCAAUGAGGGCGAGCGUCAAUUUAAAAUGGAGUCUAAAAUCGCUGUUGUAUUCAUGUUAAAAAAUUACUAUGAUCUGGCUAGAGAAUAUUGGGAGUUGAGUGGUGAGAUUGUUUCAAGUAGAUUGGCACAGUAUGUGCAAAAUGAACUUUUUAUGGCAGAAAAGAAUGUCACACAACAAGAACUAAUACGGAAUAAUUCUCCAUCUACAAUAAAGCUUUCCAUGAAUGAGAGGGCCAAGACAUUAUUAAAAAAACGUAUUACUAUAAAUAUAGCUAAUCUAAAUACCGAAAAUGAGGAUGAAAACUAUCAUUUUAAAGAUGAUGAGGAAGAUGAGAACGGCCGUAGUAAUAGCAACCGUGAUGAAGACAACAAUUCUGUAAAUAGUAUCCAUCUGUAUGAUGUAAAUGACGAUAAUACUGUUGUUAAUAGCACCGAUAAUGACAGCGACAGUGAUCAAGUUUUUGAUUCAAUGGUACCUGCAGAGCCUAUCGAAAUGGGAUCAAAUAUUGAAUUUUUAGAAAAUGAGGAGAAUGAUAGUGAAUUUCAAAAUGACAUUGAUGGUGGAUCAGAUGAGGGAAAUGAAGAAACUUCAGUGGAAGUUAAUUGCGAAACAGAUAUAUUCCUUUUCCCAACUGGUAUGGCUGCGUUAUUCACUGUCCAUCGAUUACUUCUGAAGUAUGAUUCAGAGAGAAUUGAACGAUCAAGAUCAAUCAUGAAUAAUUCGAUUUCUGGUGAAAGUAACAUAUUGCACAAGAAAACAGUAGUCUUCGGGUUUUCAUAUCCAGAUACUUACAAGAUGCUAAAGACUUUAAAUAACGUUUAUUGCUUACCGUACGUGAGUGAAAUUGACUGUAUGAAUAAACUGAAAAAUAUUUUACAUUCAGGAGAGCAAAUAUUGGCGGUUCUGAUUGAAGCACCAUCAACUCCACUGUUGAAAAUGGGGAAUUUAUUGGAAUUAAAAGAAUUAUCAAAUCUUUUCGGUUUUAUUAUUAUAGUGGAUGAGACUGUGGGGGGGUUUUUCAAUGUCGAUGCUCUUGUUCAUGCGGACGUUGUCUGUACUUCAUUAACUAAAAUUUUCAGUGGUGAUGUAGGUAAUGUCAUGGCUGGGGCAAUGGCACUCAAUUCUAAUAGUACAAUUUACAAUUUUGCCAAAGAUUUCUUGAUUGAUAAUAAUGAAUUUGAGGAUAAUUUAUGGUGUGAAGAUGCGAUUAUUAUGGAGAGAAAUUCUAGGGAUUUUAUUGCCAAAAUGUUAAAGAUCAAUUAUACUACAGAUUACUUGUUAGAUAAAGUUUUAAUACCGCAUAUUGGAGAGCAUAAUCUUUUCAAGAAAAUUUAUCACCCAAGAUUAACUUCAAAUGAAACAAAACAAAAUUAUGAGAAAAUUAAAUGUAAAUCAGAUGGUGGUUAUGGCGGUGUCUUUUCAAUAGAUUUCAAUAAUUUAGAGCAAGCGAAACUGUUUUACAACUGUUUGAAUGUUGCUAAGGGUCCUUCCUUAGGUACUACAAUGACAUUGGCAUGUCCUUACACGAUAUUGUAUCAUUAUGCUGAUAUUGAAAAAGUGUCUAAAUAUGGCCUUAGUGAAAGUUUGAUAAGGGUUAGCGUAGGAUUAGAAAAUAGGAAACAGUUAUGUCAAUUGUUCCAAGCUGCAAUUGAUGAAGCAAUGAAAAUAUUGAAAUGA